AUGGUGUUCCAAGACUUUGAUCAAAUUCAACAACGUCGAAAAGCCGAAAGGCAACGUAAGUUUCGUAAGAGACUUCUCAUUGCUUCCCUUACCUCCGUCAUCCUCAUCGCCCUUAUCGCCGCCGGAGUUUUUGCACUUGCCGCUGCUAAGAAAACCGGUCCUGAACCAUCCACCACCAAUAACCAUCACAAGGCUGCAACUCAUCCCAUCCCUGCAAAUGCUACACCUUCACCUGAUAAAGGUGAUAAUCUUUCUUCUUCUCGUCUUCAAAAGCUCAUUAACUCCGUCUGUAAUGGUACCCUCUAUAAGGAUUCUUGCCUCAAGACUUUGAAUAAGACCGUGGGUGACAAUCAAAACGUUACUUCAGCUCAACCCAAGUUUCUUCUCAGCUCUGCAAUUUCUGCAAUCGAUGAGGAAAUCAACAAAGCUUUUGACAAGGUAUUGACCUUUAAUUUUCAAACACCAGAAGAGAAAGAUGCCAUUGAGGAUUGCAAGGCACUCGUAGCCGAUGCUAAGGAAGAGCUGGAAGAAUCCAUUAACAACGUUAAUGAAUUUGAUGCUCGAAACUUUUCUACCGUUGCUCCAGAAUUGAACAAUUGGCUCAGUGCGGUUAUGUCAUAUCAAGUCACCUGUACUGAUGGAUUCCCUGAAGGGAAACUUAAGACAGAUAUAGAGAAGACACUUAACUCUUCACAACUUCUCACUAGCAAUUCUCUUGCCAUUCUUAAGCAAUUUUCUACCCUUGUAUCAUCAUUGCCAAAGGUAUUAGGAUCUCCUCCCCGCCACCUCUUAGGAUGGGAAUCUCACUCAUUGUCCAAAAACGAAAAGCUUCCUGAUUGGAUGAGCCACGAAGAUAGAAGAAUUUUGAAGGCGGUGGAUCGUUCCAAUUUGAAUCCUAAUGUAACAGUGGCCAAAGAUGGUAGUGGACAGUUCAAAACAAUUUCCGAAGCUCUCAAGGCAAUGCCAAAGAACUACACUGGAAGGUAUAUCAUCUAUGUAAAAGAAGGAAUUUAUGAUGAGUUGGUGACAGUGGAUAAAAAGAUGGUAAAUGUUACCAUGGUGGGUGAUGGAUCAAAGAAGACUAUAGUCACAGGGAACAAAAAUGGUGCUGCCAGAGUUCCCACUUUUAGAACUGCAAGUUUCGUGGCUCUAGGAAGCGGAUUUAUGGCACAAGCCAUGGGAUUCAGGAACACUGCAGGUCCAGAAGGGCACCAAGCUGUGGCAAUUAGGGUUCAAUCUGAUCGUUCAGUUUUCGUAAACUGCCGCUUUGAAGGAUACCAAGACACCUUAUAUGUACAAACCCAUCGCCAAUUUUACAGAGGCUGUGUGAUAACAGGAACCAUUGAUUUCAUCUUUGGUGAUGCAGCAGCCAUCUUCCAGAACUGUCAGAUUUUUAUCAGGAAAGGCUUGAAUGGUCAGAAGAACACUGUUACUGCACAAGGAAGAAGUGAUCCUUUCGAAACAACUGGAAUCGUUUUACAGAACUGCACCAUUACAGCAGAUGAUGAUCUGAAACCCAUUAAGAAAGACUUCAAAAGUUACCUGGGUAGACCUUGGAAACUUCACUCAAGGACUGUUAUAAUGGAAUCCACCAUUGGAGAUGUGAUUGAGCCUGCAGGGUGGCUAAAAUGGCAAGACAACGACUUUGCACUUGACACAUUGUAUUACGCAGAAUUCAACAAUGAUGGAGCUAGUGGUGAUACUAAAUCUAGGGUUAACUGGCCUGGAGUCAAAUUCAUUAAAAGAGAAGAAGCCUUAAAGUAUACUGUAGGACCUUUCCUACAAGGAGCUUGGAUCAAUGCUACGGAUGCUCCUGUUAAGUAUGGCUUAUACGAUGUUUAA